GACCCGGCUGCAGUCGGAGAUCAGUCAGAAUUCGGCGCUGCUUCGAGGCGCUACACAACCAGAUCCGCCGAUCCACAUCCACAUACGCAUCCAGAUUCAGAUACAGAUCAUAGAUCUCCUAUAGCAUCGUGGAAUAUGUUCAAGUUACUCGGCCUCACGCUGCUCUGCACGGCGGUUCUGGCGCGUCCCGAGCCUCCAGUCAACUCCUACCUCCCGCCGUCCGAUAGCUAUGGUGCACCGGGGCAGAGCGGCCCAGGAGCACAGGGUGGAGGCCCAGGCGGUCGUCCAACGGAUUCUUACGGGCCUCCUGGAUUAGGACAAGGACAAGGACAAGGACAAGGACAGGGACAAGCCCAAGGCGGUUUUGGUGGCAAGCCCUCAGACUCUUACGGUGCCCCAGGCGUUGGUGGCAAUGGAAACGGCGGCGGACGUCCCUCUAGCAGCUAUGGUGCUCCUGGCAACGCCAACGGCGGCGGACGUCCCUCCAGCAGCUAUGGCGCUCCAGGACAAGGACAAGGCGGUCGUCCUUCCGACUCUUACGGUGCUCCAGGAGCUUCCGGCAAUGGCAACGGCAACGGUGGUAGUCGUCCUUCCAGCAGUUAUGGCGCUCCCGGCCAAGGACAAGGAGGUCGUCCUUCCGACUCUUAUGGUGCUCCUGGAGCUUCCGGCAAUGGCAACGCCAACGGUGGUGGUCGUCCUUCGAGCAGCUACGGUGCUCCAGGUGCAGGAUCCGGCGGUCACCCAUCGGACUCCUACGGUCCCCCUGCUUCCGGCGCAGGAGCUGGCGGCGGAUCCGGCGGCCCUGGAGGCAGUGGCGCCGACUACGACAACGAUGAGCCGGCUAAGUACGAGUUUAAUUACCAGGUCGAGGACGCCCCCAGUGGGCUCUCCUUCGGGCAUUCAGAGAUGCGCGACGGUGACUUCACCACCGGCCAGUAUAAUGUCCUGUUGCCCGAUGGAAGGAAGCAAGUCGUCGAGUACGUGGCGGACCAGCAGGGAUAUCGGCCACAGAUCCGCUACGAGGGCGAGGCCAACGAUGGGGUCAGCGGUCCUGGUGUCCAGAAUCUGGGCGCCGAUGGCUACUCGAGCGGACGUCCUGGAGGCAAUGGCAACGGUGGGCGCCCAGGAGGUCAGGAACUAGAACAAAACGGUUACUCUGGCGGACGCUCUGGUGGACAGGAUCUAGGAAAGAAUGGUUACUCCGGCGGACGCCCUGGUGGACAGGAUCUUGGUCGUGAUGGCUAUUCCGGUGGGCGCACAGGAGGUCAGGAUCUAGGACAGAAUGGUUACUCCGGUGGACGUCCUGGUGGUCAAGACUUGGGCGCCGGUGGCUACUCUGGUGGGCGUCCUGGUGGCCAGGAUCUAGGACAGAAUGGUUAUUCUGGUGGACGCCCAGGUGGUCAAGACUUAGGCGCCGGUGGCUACUCCGGUGGACGUCCUGGUGGCCAGGAUCUGGGACAGAAUGGUUACUCCAGCGGUCGACCCGGCGGCAACGGUGGAAAUGCUGGCAGCGACGGCGGCCGGGUGAUCAUCGCUGGACGUGUCACCGGCCCGGAUGGCAGCGAUCAGGGACAAGGCUUCUCUGGCGGUCGUCCUGGAGGCAAUAGCAACGGUGGACGCCAGAGCGGUGGUCAAGAUCUAGGUCGCGAUGGCUAUUUCGGUGGACGUCCUGGCGGUCAAGACUUGGGCGCUGGUGGCUACUCCGGUGGGCGUCCAGGUGGUCAAGAUCUCGGCCAGAAUGGUUACUCCAGCGGCAAGCCACAGGGUCAGGGUCAGGGUCAGGGCCGCAAUGGCUUCGGUCCCGGCGGCCAGAACGGCGACAAUGACGGCAGUGGCUACAGAUACUAAACGACAGGCAAUACUCGUACACGUAGAUCGAUUCCAGGACACAUUAGCUAGAACUUUCAUUACCUAGUACUUAAGACUUUCUAGAACUAUGACCCUCUCCUCUCCUCAUUCUUAGCCCAAUCUUAAGACUCCAUCUCUAUCUCUUACUCAUCUUUGGGUGUAUUAUGCCUAUUCCUUCGAUCUACCAUCGUCCCCAAGACUCCGAUUAGAAUAAGUUCAUAUUGUUGUAGAUACAAGUGCAAGAAAAUAACCCAACAAAAAAUAAUGAAAUGAUUAACGAAUAUUUGAUAAAUAUUUAAGUAAUGAAAUAAACGAUAAAU